CCACAACUUACAAGCUCUCGCCACACUCGACUCGAGGCGCGCCGAGAUAACAGCCAACCUGAACACGGAGAGCUCUUUGUCCCCUCACUUCAAAGAGACAUGUCCCGCGCUUCGGCUUCACCAGCACGCCGAAAGUCUGUCGGCUUAUUUGACAGAGACAUGAACCGCUUCGACAACAACAACCUCACCUUACCCGUCACCAAGGGCGGGCGCAAACCCAAGCGCGGCGUCUCCAUGGGCGGAAGUGUUGACAUGCUGAGCGAAACGCAACUGAUGCGCCGACAGGCGAAACCACGCAAGUCCAUCCUCAAGUCGGCCCCUGGUAACAUGGACGAGUGGGAUGCUCAAACUUUCGACUAUGGAGCUACCAUCGACUUUGGACAGCUACAUCAUGCGCCUGCGGCGCCGGCUCCGGGCAUGAAUGUCAACUCGAGAAUGAGCUUGGGUCCUCGGCGGCGAGUGAGCUUCGCGCCCAACACCCACGUCCGCAUGUUCGACCAGCCGGAGAAGAAGCCACGGCGCAAGUCAUCUAUGCUCCCGCGACAGUUUGGCAGUGGCAGCAAUGGGUCGUCUCAGUCGCCCUCCCGCCCCCGAAUCUCUAUCUCUGGCGCGUCUAGCACCCGAUCCUCACUCUCAGGCCCAGGAUCACGGACAUCGAGUCCCCGAGCGCGCUUCCUCGGUGAAGGGGAAGAGAUGAGUGAGGCGUCGAUGGACAUUGAGAGUGACCAGUCGUACUCGAGUGCAGAUGAUUCCGACGACAUUCUUGCCCAGGUGCAGGCCAUUCGACCGAAAUCUCCCGUUCCACCACCCGCUCCGGACAGCUCUAGCGACGGGAUUGACGCGGAAGGGGAGAUGGAUAUGGACGAGACUAUUAUCGGGGGCGGUAUCGUUGCCCAGCGCUGGGCGCGCGACGCGUCAGUAUCAGACUCCGACUCAGAAUCUGACAUGAGUGUCGGGGGAGCUGCGGACGGCACGGACGAUGAGAUGACGAUGGACUUUACUGUUGCUCUUGGCGGCCCAAUGCCCCGCGUUCCGCCGCAAAACGCGCUUCGCGGCCGUGCUUCCAUCGGGUAUUCGGUCCCCUCCGCGCCAGGUCAACAGCCAUUUCACCCUGGAGACGCCGUCUCGGACGGUGAGUCGAUGGAGAUUGAGGAAACCGUGGCAUACGGAUACGUGAACAACGACGAGUCCACUUCAUCGUCCGACAAUUCGAACCUUCACCGUAUGGGUGAUCACACAGCGACGUACAACCUGGACUUUACGUCCGUGGGAGGCGGCAUCUACGAGGAGAGUGCCAUGGACAUAUCCAUGACUACAGUCCAUGGUGGCAUCCUCAGCAAUGGGAUGAACAUGUCUUUCACCGGCGCACACGGCGGCAUCAAUAACAGCGCGCUAGACCUGACAACAACCCGCGCACAUGGGUGGACUGAAAACGACACAAGCGCGCUGGACUUCACGUCUGCUGGCGGGGGCAUCGCUUACAAGAGCACGAGCGUGUACGGGGCAGCCACAACGAUGAUGACAAACAUCUUCGCCUCUCCUCAGAAACCAAACCCAAGCCCGAUACCGGACCCGCCCGCCAAGAAAGCGACAAGCGUGAACAUAUUCGCACCUACACCAGGGUCUUCAAGCAUUACUCGCCCGCGCUCGUCAAUCAAGCCCGCGUUGACGCCCUUCGCACCUUUGUCAGCACCUCCGAUCGCGCCAUCGCCCGAGAUCGAUCCCGAGCUCGAGGAAGAGGGGCCCAUCGUCCCUCCACCCCGGGUGCGCGGUGGCUCUGCGACCCCGGCCCGCCCGGCUCCGGGCACUCCCAGCCGCAAAUCACGCGUUGUGCCGGUCGGUACGCCUUCGUUCGCGCGCCAGACGUCCUCAUCGGCGCAGAAGUUGCGAGAGGCGCCUCCGUCAACGCAGAAGCGCGCGCCUGCCUCGGCUCAAAAGCAGAAGCGAAACGUCUUUGGAGCCUCCCCGGAACCUGAGGGCGAGUCGCUCCCUUCGUUGUCGCGCUCGAAGUCGCGCACUCCGAGUCAAACUGCUGCCAGUCAUGGGACAGCUGCGAGUGUCGCUAAGAGGCUCGAUUUCUCCAGCGCAGUCGUUCCGUCGACACCUACAUCGGCUUCGUCGGCCGCCCCUGCCGGGCGGACGCCGAAAGCAACCCCGAGGCCCGUUGCGCCCGGUGGCUCCACCCUAACAACCACUUCCUCAACAACACCCAGAGCCACGCCAAAAAGGCCUGGGGCACGUGCGCCUUCGGUGCCACCCAGUUCACUUAAGCGUGGGCGCGAGGACGAGGGGAAUGCCGAGCAGACAGACAAGGACAUUCACCGCGAUAAGCGCCGCAGAUCCAGCAUCGUCACGCCCUCAUCCCAGUCGAACAGCGAGGCGACGGGUGAGGACACCAUGUCCAUCGAGGAAUCCAAUGAGAUAUCAGAGCGCAUGCCUGUCAACGAGCAGCGGGAAGAUGAGCAAUCUCCAUCACAGGAGAAGCACGCAUCGGUGGAAGCCGAGAGGAACGAGGAGCGUCACCUUACUCCUGAGCCAAUGGAGGAUCGCCCGCUACCUUCUUACACACCCAUCCGUCGCGGGACGGAGGGGCGAGGUACACCUCGUCGCACGCCUCGGAGGUCUCUCGGUCCUCCUCGGCGAUCUAUCACGAUCGAGCAAGACCUAGAGGUCAUGGAGCGUCGACCGUAUUCUGAGGCCGAGCCUGUCGACCUCAUGACGCACCUCCCCUCGCAACCUGGUGUGGAGGUCCAGAACGUGCCGCUUUCCGCAUUCCUCGAGAUGGUGGGGAUCAGCUGGCAAGACGACCUCAUCGGGCGCAAGAGUCUGGCUGCGCGGACCGAUAGCCUCAAGUCGCAGUUCCCGAAGGGACACGACUUCCCGCUGCCGGAGUAUGUCGUGGCCAAUCUCGAGUCUAUCUACCUUUCCAUGCUCAGCUGGGCGGACAGCGAGAUUACGCAGCGUACACAACAGGGCAGGGAAAUCCUCACGACCAUCGAUCGCGUGUGCUCGGAAAACAACCCGCCUGUCGUACAUGAUUACCUCGCCGCCGAUGAGGAAGACCGGGGCAUGUUCGAGAGCGUGCUUCUUCAGAUCAAGAGUGUGACUUAUCUUCGAGCGCGUGCGCGAUGGUAUGACUGGAAGCAGUCGAUCCUGAGCGAGAAGGUGGAGCCGGACGUCCGCGGCAUUCGCGACGAUAUGCUCGCCGACGCUGAGAGGCAUGCCGCGGAGCGCCAGACAAUCGACCGUGUGCUCCCUAGUCUCCGAAAGCGGCGAGACGAGCUCGAGGCUGAGCUGGCCGCACACCGCGCUCAAGUCGAGGCCGUACUCGCAUGCGAUCCUGAAGAAAUUGCAGCACUUCGCGAAGGCAUCGAGGAGCAAGACACCGAAUUGGACCGCUUCCGUAUCGAACUCAGUGGCAAAAACGAAAGGAACGCUGAAGUCGAGCAGGAGUUGGCGGCUUUGAUGUCGCAAGGUGACCAGCACACGCUGGCUAUCAACGCUGCGCGCAGCAUGUGCGAUCAGGCGACGGUGGGCGAUGUCAUGCGCCUCGAUGCCGAGCUUGAGGCUCUCCAAGCGCUCCACGGGUGGAAAGUGUUACGCGCCGGCCCGCGCGUGGAAAUGCUACUCGGCGAACUCGAGCUUGCGGUUCCUGUGGAUGCGCUUGAACGUGCAACUCUCAGCCACAAGUCACCUCGGGGCCCCGAUGCCGGCCUUCUGGCGCUCGCGCAGGCCGCCCUGGUCGCUUCCAAAUGCACCUCUCUCCGCGACGUGGUGGACACAACCACGCAGCUCUGGGGAGCCGCCCGGAGCGCUCGUGACGAGCUCCGCCGCCUCGCCCUCUACUUCCCCGUCAGCUACGAGGUGGGACAUGACACACUGCUCGUAAGCGCCACCCUCGUCUUGCCCAAGGCGCAGGCUCGGGCGGCUCUCAACUUGACCCUCGGGCCAGAUGCGCUUACGAGCUGGCCGGAGGCGGCGCGCGCACUGCCUGUCGCGGUCAAGUUGGCCUACGGGCACGUGGACGCGAUCGGACUGCGGGAGCGCGCCAAGGAAACGCUCUUGAGCGCUGACCUCAGCCUCGCCGGUGUGCUUUUCCAGGCCUGUGCGGAAGCUGCUGCGUUGUAUGCUUAGACCGAAUUGUAAACUUGAGAUAUCAUGCUUGCUUAGGAAUGUAUUGCCUCCCCCUGUG